ACUGUAGACACCCAGUUGUAGAUUGGCGUGCAAUCAUGACAGACGCGGAGCAAACCUUAUUUGGUGUUUUAGACAAAGAGCUGGACAAACGCGGUUAUAGGCCACGAGAUGUCAAAGUCAAACCGAUCUCUUCAGGCGGAGCUAAUUACACCUCUAAACUGUUCCUGGUUGAUGUAACUACACCCAAAGAAGACUUGAAAUUAUUUGCGAAAGUUGCAAUCAUUGCUGGCCAGCUCAGGCAAACAAUGAGCGCCGACUGGUUGUUUGCUACAGAAAGAUUAACGUACACAAAAAUAGCCAAAUUCUAUGAAGACUUACAAGUGAAACACAAUUUAUCUGAAGAGGUGAAACUGAAAUUUCCUAAGUUCUAUGGAUGCAAUGAUGAAUAUGGAAAAGAGACUGUAAUAAUGGAAAACCUUGUUGCAUCCGGAUAUAAACCAUUCAACAGAUUAAAAUGUAUAGAUUGGCAGCACGCAUCGGCCAGUGUAGAAUAUCUCGCAAAGUUCCAUGCGCUAUCCUUUGCUUUGGCGAAGGACUUACCUGAAGAGUUCAAAGGAUUAUCAGAUAUAAAGUAUGAAAUUGGAAGCAAGCAAACUGAUGACGAAAUCUCGAAGUCAAUGUGGGAAAAAAUAAUUAAAGGCGCGAUCGCUGUCGUAAAAGACGAACAUAAAAGUCGAGUUAUAAAUUAUUUCCAAAAUAUGCCUAAGUUUAACACUUACAAUAAACCGAUUGGGAAACCGGUACUUUCACAUGGAGAUUUUCGGGUCAGCAACUUGCUUUUCAAGGCAGAGAAUGAGAAAGUGCAGGCGAUUGCAGUGGAUUUCCAGACUGUGUACGCAGGAUGUCCAGCUACCGAUCUGGUGUAUCUAAUCUUCCUUGGCUCAGACGAGGAGUUCAGAGCUGAAUAUUACGAGAAGUUACUCGACCAUUACUACACAAGUCUGUCCAAGAUGAUGGAAUGGCUUUCUAUCGACUCCACUGAGGUUUAUCCGAGAGAAGAGUUCGAUAGAGACAUGAAAGAGAAUCUACCAUACGCAGUGCUCAUCGGUGCCACAAUCCUUCCAACAGUAGUCGUGGAAGAAGACGCAGCCCCGGACCUUGGAAACUUUGAUUAUAAUCAAUUCGUAAUGUCACCGAAUGAAAUAUUUGCUAAGAGAUUCCGUGGUAUUGUCAAUGACUGUAUACGCUGGAAUGUCAUUUAAAUUUACGCCAAUUAACCCUCGCCAAAUACAGAAUUGGAUGGUGCGUUUGUGAGCAAAAAAUUAUAAAAGUUAUUGCUAUGCUAAGUAUGAUUACUAUAUUUUAAAUGUUUGUCUAUGCAAAUGUUUUGAUAAUUGAUAGGUACUUUAAUACUGUUUCACUACUAAUGUACGUGUAUAAUAAACGUAGAUUUAAGAUGGAAAUAUAAUAUACUUUCUGUAAGUUUUGUUCUUUUAGUUUUAAGACCGCAGUUACUGCUGUUAUUCGAGAAAUUAAACUUUGAUAGUUUAUUUUGUACACAUGUACCAAAACGAAAUAAUAUAUUUACAAUUAU